GCACUUUGCGGAACAACAUCGGUCCAAUGAGUCGUUCCUAGCACCAAACGAAAAACCAAAUCUCGCGUUUAACAACGAUUUAGCCUCGUAUUCAACCUGAUCCUAGUAGCAUUGAUGAAAUAGGUGAGGUUGUGCUCUGCGGUGCUCAGGAUGUUUUCGCCGUGGGACCGGUGGUACUCGACGAGCUGCUGCCUCUGCUGCCACGUCCGGACGGGCACCAUUAUACUGGGAAUAUGGUACAUGCUCAUAAACGCAGUGGUCUUACUCAUCUUACUGUCUGCGCUCAAUGACCCAGUGCAGUACCGGUAUCACCUAACCAGCUCUGAGCUUGGCACCGACAUCGAUGUCAUGGACGAUGCAAAUAUCUGCAUAGCAACUGCAAUAUCCCUCCUUAUGAUCCUUAUAUGUGGCAUGGCAACCUAUGGGGCCUACAAGCAACAUGCUGCUUGGAUCAUCCCUUUCUUCUGCUACCAAAUCUUUGACUUUGCCCUUAACACGCUGGUAGCCAUUAGUGUGGUGGUCUAUCCCAACACAGUACAGGACUAUCUGCAGCAGUUGCCAGGGACAUUCCCUUACAAAGAGGACAUCAUGUCCACCAACAACAUGUGCCUAGUCUUUGCAGUCCUGCUUUUCAUCGGCUGCAUCCUAACCUUUAAGGCCUACCUGAUUGGCUGCGUGUGGAACUGCUACAGAUACGUGAGCGGCCGAGGCAGCACUGAAGUCUUGGUCUAUGUCACCACCAAUGACACUACGGUCCUGCUGCCACCCUACGAGGAGGCUAUUGCCAUCCCACCCAAGGAGCCCCCGCCCCAGUAUAUGGAGGCAUGAGCACCACAUACUUCUCUGCUGCUGGUCCUCUGCACGUGCCCCUUCCUCCUCCCUACUCACCCCAAACCACCCCCUCCUCCUUUUCUACCCCCUUGGACAUCCUGCACUCCCAAUGGUUCAUAUUCAAAUCAGAACAAAAGGAGGUAUCCAAAGGAGGUCCCAGCUCCAAAUCUUAAUCCCUAAACUCUGAAAUUGCACAACAUUUCCUAGUUGUUGUGGCAGACUGACUUUUCAAAGACAAAAAUUGCACAUUUCUCUGAAAAGUGCAGCGUGUGGCCAUCAACUGUUACUACAACUCCUGAUACUGUGAAUCCUUUUUUGUCUUCAUUGAUAAACUACCUAAAAGUGUGUGCAUGUGAGCAAAUGAGAAUAUUGACUGUUUAUGUGAGAGAACUUUUUUCAGAUGAAUUCCCAUUGAAUGUAAUGUUGGGGUAUUUUUGUAUGACUUUUGUAUUACAGUGAAAAGGGGGAAAGAUGAGAAUAACAACAAACUGUUAAAGUGGUGUAAUGUGUAAUGGUGUAGUGGUGAAAAGAAGGGGAGUAGCAAUGCAUUGUAAAUUGGUGUAUAAAAUAUAUAUAAAAAGUGAAAUAGUUGCAAUUUGCACUUACCAGAUAAAAAUAAAGUCUGGUUAAUAUGAAUUGAAUAUCUGUCAGUGCAUUAACAACACACUGCAGCUUAACUUCAAUCAAUUGUAAGUAAAAAGAUAGUGAAAUGCGUGCAUUGUUACAUCCCCUCAGAAAAAGUUGUACUGACCAAUAGGAGCUUGCCUUCCUUUUGUAUUCAAUAUGUCGUCUGUAAUACUGUACCCCAUUGACCUAUAGAAACUCUACUCCCACUUUCAAGAGAUCCUUCAUGUAAUCAAUCUCUGCAGCACUUAGUAUACAAUUUUGUGCAUCUUAAAAUGACCCAAAUUUGAAUCUGGUAGAGUUUUCUAAAUGUGUUGCUAUCGUCUUGUGUCCCAAUGAAGUUAUGCAGUGUUGACUGUCUUAUUUUUUACAUGAUUAUGACUUUUUGUUUUGACUUAGCUGGACUGAGGGCAUUUUCCUACAAAAGACAGUGUGAUAUGCUGCUGAUCUAGUUGUGCGUGCUCGGAGCGGUUUGUAGUUUCUUCUACACAUGGCUUAGUAUCAUGAUGCAUUAUUACUCCCUGUGCCCUUUGAAACACCUAGGUUUUUCAAAGUAUUUAUUGAAUUGGCACAGUAGCACAAAUCAAUUGAUGCUUAGAAGUUCAAAUUGAAGACUUUUACAGGCAAAAGAAUAAAGUUGGGGUAGAUUAUACUCAACUAGGACUGCACAAUAUUAUGAAAAGGGGGAUUUAAACUGUGAAAUUUAUGUAACUUUUAUGUUUACAAUUAACAUUUUAACCGUUGUUUCUGUACUGUACUUAAAAAAAAAAGAUGACUAGCCCAGUGCUGAAUUGAGAUAUCUAAUUAUUUUAAUGGAAGUAAAAAUAAUUUGUCACAUUUCGGACUUUAAAACAUUUAUUUUCAUGCUAUAAAUUCGGCGUGUCUUAAUAUGUGCAAUAUUGUGCAGCCCCAUGUUUAAUCUAGUAAUUCGUACGUAGAUUAGACCGUGAAAUUAUUAACAUGUGGUAUUCUUUCUAUGCAAAAGUUAGUGUAAAAUUGAUCCUUUCCAUUUGAUACUAAUGUGUUAGUGAAUAUUGUAUCCUUGUCAUUGUCCCUGUAAAUCAGUGCUUCUGCAAAUCCAACAAAACAGCACUUUAUUGUCAGUCAGAAAACUAACUCCUAUAAAAACUGCUAUAGGAGUGUUGAAGCAACGACCUCCCUUGAAUUUGUGUAACAGGCCAAAUAUAAGCUGUUACAGGGACUACAGGCAGAGUGGAUGUAGACUGGGCUUUGAGGAAGAAAAGAGGCUGAUAUCUUUUACAAUUACUCCGUUUACUCAUAGUAAUCUUGUUGGAUUUGCAUGAGCCCAUGUCAUCAAAUCUUA